GGAGAUGUUCAUAAAACAAUGCAGCCACUGCAAAAGCCACGUUGAUCUGUCUCGUUGCGCUCAUAUCAACUUGUGUAAGUCUCUGUAACAUAAUGUUUCAUUGAUCGACUAUUUGUGGUAGCGUUUGCAUCUGGUUUUCAGCAUACUAUUUGAGAGAACCAGCGCGAAUAAAGGAAAGGGCUUAACCAUUAGAUAAUUUGUAUGACAAUUUCUCCACAUAGUGAAAAAUUAUUUGCACAGGUUUAUAAAAGCGUUACGAAACUUGAGACUUCCAGUCAGGCAACACAAGUAAUCUUCUAAGGGCGAAAAAAACAACAGAUCAUUGUAUAAUGGAUUAUCAUCAUCAAAAUAGUUCAUUUUCUGCAGCAGAUAUUUCCGUAACCGAUCUAGUCAAGACGCAAACCAUGAGUAGCAAUUCACCAACAUACAGCUAUUUAUUGUUUGACGUGUUGGUGAAUCUUCAGUGGUACACGUUACUUGUCGUCAACCCCAUCAUCGGCGUCACCGGCCUUGUGGGAAACAUUCUGAGCGCUGUCGUCCUAGUGAAAUCAGGAUUAGACAAGUCAUCCAACAUAUUGCUGCUCGCCCUUGCUGUCGCUGACUCCUUCUGCCUCAUGGGAUCCAUCAACUUUCCGAAUUUGAUCACGUUAGUCCCAAUCCAUCGACCGAACAUCGGGUAUUUCGUUUGGGAGUUUUCAAGAGAGAUAUCGUUCAUGCUGUACGUCUUGGCGAUAACGUUCCAAGCUUGUUAUUUCUUCGGUGUACAAGUAAGCGCCGCCAUCUGUACGUUGAUCACCGUAGAACGCCUUUUAGCCGUGUUUUACCCGCUACACUUCAAAACUAUCGUGACAACGACACGUAUAUGGAUGGCCGCCAUCUUCGCAUUCGUCUUCUGGAUCCCAUACGUCGUCUACAUUUCUAGUUUGUUUAAUUUCAUUUUUAUGUUCUUAAUACAACUGGGAAUGGUUGUUGGUUUAAUAAGUUUUACCCGCACCGAUGCAAUGAUUUUUAUUGAAUUUAAUUUAGCGACCCCUUUCGGUAAAUUUAUCCCUUUCGCUGUCGUCACUGUCGGUUCUAUUCUUAUUGCUGUCCGUGUUGCCGUUACGCGGAGAAAACGCAAAGAAAUGAUGUCAUCGAACCUGAAAGCGUCAGCAAAAUCGUCUCGCACGACGGUGACAUUGCUGACCGUGUGCGCCGUGUUCUCACUCACUAAAAUAGUUGGUUUUUUAGUUUAUAUUCUUGACCAAUCGGAUGCGAGUUUCGAUGCUCAAGUCGUUAGAAAUAUCUUCGGCAUAGUUGUCAUGACAACGGAUUACAUCAACAGUUCGUGCAACUUCGUCAUCUACGUGGCUCUAAACAAAAACUUUCGAGCACAUCUUAAAGAGUUGGUUUGUUUCGGCGCACGCAAGUUCGCAAAUUGAGUAAAUUGGGAAAUUUAAACAAAUUUAUAAACAGUCAGAUGAGAUGCAAUGUUUUUUAAUUUUCCAUUUACAUGGCUACGAGUGUGUAAUCCUCCUACGAUCGAAGGAGACAUGAUAUUGACUGAUACACAUUUGUGCUAUAAGAAUUUAUGUAUCAAUCGGUAGACAUAACCAGGUUAACAUUAUUUUCAAGAUAAGAAGAAUCGGUCUAUCUAAACACUUAUACAUUAUCUUUGUUAUGGCAAAAACGACUAACUUUGAAUCGUAAAGGUAACUCCAUUCUCUUAUAGGUUUACAUUCAUUUGUUUAAGUAUAAGAAGUCAUAUUUUUUUCCAAUAAGACAACUGUUCUUUAUUAUGCGAAGUUGUAUUGUUCAUAGCAAUAUCAAUAUUUUAAAUCUUUUUUGUUCAGUUAAUUUAAAAUAUCUUUAAAUUGGACCGAGGAGUCAAAUGCAAACAUCCUUGCUAUGAAAGGAAGUGUGGCGAUAUGUAUCAUAUGUAUGUCUAGAUCAAUUACAAAGACAUUAAGUAAUAGACCACUUUCAGUCAACCUAGAAACAUGAAACUUGACAACAAUUAAUUUGAUAAUGUCAAGAUUCCUAGAAAAAUGUAAAAUUCUAAUUUAUAAAUUCCCCGGGGUCAAGAUAAUGGGUGAACAAUCAACAAAUGAAGAUAAUUAAUGAGGCACUCGAAGACAUCAUAGAAAAUUAAACCUUGGUACCUUCCAGACUGAUAUCCCCAACAUGGCUAUAAAUAAUGUACACAUUUUUUUAGCGUUAGAGGGGCCCUGCUAUGGUUUUAACUUUUUGUUACGUAAAAAAAAGACAUUUUCAAUCAUUCUAAUAACUUUAAAUUGGAUACAAGAGAAGGGGACAGAUAUAUAUAUAUUAACUAUUUAUAUAUUUUUGUAAAUUUUUAAACAUUUUAGAGAGCGUCAUAAGGGUCAGAUUGCAAAAAGGUAUCAUAUUGCAAAAAUGGGAUCAUAGUGCAAAAGUUGGGUCAGGUUAAAAAUGGGGUUGGGAGAAUCGUCCCUACCUAAACGAUGAAAUCCAUUUUGAGGAAAUCCUAAAGACACGAUAUCAUCUGCUGUCAUCGUCAUAUGAAUGUUGUAGUUUAUUUUCUUUUUGUACAUGCACAAUUUACUUUUGUGAACGAUGCGCACUCAACAUGAAAAUGUUUAUCAUUAUUUUUGUCUUAAAACAUUAUUAACCAUCAACGUUUUAAUAACAAUAACUUAUCUAGAUACCUUUCUUUUAUAUCAUGUGUGAUUAGUUUGAUGAACUCGACAUAAUUGUUCCUUUAAAUGUUUAAAAAAACAAAGAUUUGGUCAACUCUCCAUGUUGAUAUCCCGGUGAUUUCAGUUGGUUUCAUAUGUUGAAAUUAUUUCAUAUUUUUUAGUUUGAGUGCUGUAUUAAGAACACGGAUAUCACCACUAUUUUUAAUGGCAAAAGAGACUCUGAUGAGCGACAUUUUGAAUAUCAAUGUGGGUCACCUUUUUGAUGGACAGCUUGAGGCCAUACCAAUUAAGUGUGGCUUUUGUUUACUGUGUUGUGCAUAUGAAACGAUAACGUUGAUGCUUGGCUGCCACUAUAUUAUGCUUUACAUUAAUUUGAUUUCUUUAAAACAAUGAUACUAUAAUUGUCCUUUGUUUAACAUAAUUAUUACUUUUUUAUAUGUACCAACGUUGAACAAAUGAAUUGCUAGUAAAGUUAAAAAUGUAGUUAUGUCGAUCUAAAGCAGUGGUUCUUAACCUGGGUUCGAUCGAACCCCAGGGGUUCGUGAGUCAGUCUCAGGGGCUCGGCUGAGGUCCUCAAAAAAAAUCGGAAAAAAGAGCAUACUUUAUUUUUCCUAUUAAGAAGGGUUCGGAGAAUGCGCAUGUGAAACUGAUGGGGUUCGUUACCUCCAAAAAGUUUAAGAACCACUGAUCCAAAGGAAUAUAAGAUUACGGGAGGAAGCUGCCCAUCAGGUGGUAAUGUAACGGGACAAUUCUGGGGAUUAGUUUUGCGGUGUUUCCAACGACGUAAAAAUUUAAAAAGGGUUUGGGGGGGGGGGGGUUAAGUGAAUUUUUUUUUUUAGUGUGGGAAAUCAAGUCUCUGAGACAGAAACUGAAUUAUGUUUUUAAAAAAUGUGUGAAAGGGGGGAAGAAUUUUUUUUUUUAGUGUGGGAAAUCAAGUCUCUGAGACAGAAACUGAAUUAUGUUUUUAAAAAAUGUGUGGAAAGGGGGCAAAAGUGGGGUGGGGGGGGAGUUUCUAUGUUAAGAUUUGUUUUCAAAUGUUGCAAUCUAUAAUAAUAAAAAUUCGCUAGCGGAUUACUGACCGCCCCCACUGGGACGUCACUAGUGAAAUAAGUUGAAACGAAAGUGUCAAUAUUAUUAGGUCCCUUUGAUUUUUCAUACGCUUUGUUUCCCCCAAAACAGUUUAAAAGAUUAAUAGGAUGAUGCUACAUAAAGUUCAUGAUAAAUGGUGGAUAUAUGUAGCUUCAUCUGAAUUUAUCACUAUAGAAUAUGCACAUAUUCCCGCAUUUUACAAGCACACUCAUUUUGUGAAAUACAUUUCACUUAUUAUAAGUUUUAUAAUAAUACCCCACAACUGUUCAAUGAAGACGAUGGCAUUCAUAACGUGGUGUAUAGCAUUGGAUUCUGAAAUGAAUCAUGCAGUAUUGAUACAAACUUGUUAGAUCACAGUUAAGUCUGGUUUUGAUUUAUGUCCAAAAGAUUUUGUCUUGGGUGUGCUAAAUUUUUACAAAAUGUAAUUAUACCACUAACAGAUGGAAGCAGAAAAAUAAAUAUUAAGACAUACGUUAAAAUGUUUAAAACAUCCAUCAAUGGUAUAUAUUUUCACAAAACAUAUAAACUUUUAACGCUAUCUUACCAAAAUUGUAAAAACUUUUAAAAAUGCAUUCAUAAAUUUAAAAAACAAACCAUUUUAAUAGAUUUUCUUUAAUUAAAAAAAAAACAAAUUAAAGAAAAUGUUUUUGAUUUGUUCAGUGAGUGCUUGUUUGUUUCGUGUUUUAUACUGCAUUUUUUUUAGUGAGCGUACUUGGUGUGGAGAUUAUUUGUGUAACUGUUGCUGUGUGGUUUGUAUCGUGACGUGUUUGGGUAUGAGAGUUGACAAGUUCUACAAUGUAAUGAAUUUGGUAGUUAGUGAGAUGCAGAGAGAUAGUUGAAGGAAGAAGGCACACUGCAGAGAUUUUUUGUUGAAUAAAGAGCUAUAUCAAAUAUACAUCGAGGUGAUGUCACUAAUUAUCACUAGACUACGCGUAGCCAUUGAACUUUUUAUGCAUUUUGUAGUUCGUAACAAAAACAAGGCAAGUGUUUCAUGAGAGAAAUGUUAUUAUUAUUAGCCAAUGGUAUAACAAGUUAUAAAUAAUUCUGACACUGUUUCUUUUUAAAACAAUACCAUAUUGGAAUAUUGAGUUAUAAUCAUUCAUAUUGCUGCAGCAGAAACCUGAACAUUGUCAACAAAGUUUGCCACAGCCUGAUUAAUUCUACUGAGAAACUUAAAAGACCAAAACAAAGCUGUAACAUUUCACACAAUUGGAGCUUGUGGGUUAGAAGUUCAUUCAAGUAACGGCUCCCAUAAUAAGGUCAUCUAGAUUAGAUGUCCAUUCAGUGUUAGUAAUUUCCCUAAAUGAAGCAAUUUCUCUUUGAUGCCAUAACAUGGCAUCUGCAGUUGUUUGUGUUCAUUUAAAAAGAAUUUCCAGUCUUGUUUAUGUAAAUGGAAGUUAACAACUUACAAUCAAUAGGUACUCCUUUUACUGUCUUGUUUUUUAGCGGUUUAAGUAAGUAACUGAAGGCUUAAUUUAUGGCAGGAAAAGCUUUGCCAUGGUAAUUGGAUUGCCCAAUGCCCUGGUCACCAUUCUGAGUUAGAUGGCAAAAGAAUGGACAAAAUAAAUGUACUAGCAUGAUUAAUUCAUUUAGUCUGUGAUUUUUCAUUUAAUUUUGUAAAGUGUAUUUCAUAACAAAAUAAUAUUUGAAAAUAGAAUUCAUUAAAUUUAAUAUAUAGUGAAAAAUAAGUCUAUCAGAUCAGAAGAACAGAAAAAAAAAAUAUUGAAUCCUUAUUGUAAUUUUAAUUUGGAUCAUGUUUGAAGAGGUGUCACUUUAAAGCCUACUAGUUACAAAAACAGCUGUGUCAAGCGACACACGCACAAUGUAUUUAGUACAGUUGGUAACUGUGGGAAAAGUUAUGAGCAGAUAAACUAAGGAACAGAUGUUGUUGUUCGGCUAAUGUAACGAGUGAUAGCAAGUUGUUUCAAAAAGGUGAUCUCGUUUCUUGGGCCUGAUCAUUAAACAGAGAAACAUCGUUGUAUCAUUUUCAUUGUCCAAUCCAAGUUGUCGUUACCUGUCAUUGGUUUAUUCUUAGAUCAGUAAGUAAAGAAAAUUCAAGAAAUUUCAAGUAAGAAUAAAGCUUGUGUUUAAUUGAAUGUGUAAAUGUGUUUUUCUUACACUCUCAAAGAUGAAAUGCUAUAUUCUAAAAAAAAUAAUAUGUUAUUAAAUAUUUAAAAGGAAUACAUUUUUGUUCUACUACUAUAUAAUCUUGCUUUAAAGAGACUUUUUCUUCAAUGUAGAAAAAAAAUGCCUAAGUUUUAAUUCAAACUUGAUUCAAUUUUUUUUUUAAUUUAAAAAAAUAAAAAAUUUAAAAAGAAAUUUGUUCAAUUUUUUUUUAAUUAAAAAAAAAAUACGUUCGCCCAGCUGUAGUAUUAUUAAAUAUGUGCAGGUACAAAUAUUUGAUUCAUUUAUUGUUUUCUAGUUUUGUAGUUAUCAAAUAAAAAAAACCAAAAUGUCAAAUUUAACAACGUUACCGUUACUGUAAUAUUAUCCUAUAAAGUAUUUUUUUUUUUUUCUUUUUAAUGGCUUGUAAAAUUUGAUCUGAAGAGUGAGAAUAAAUACAACACCCUAUAAAAUUUAAUGGAUAACACUAUAUUUUAAGUUUUAUUAUUUUUUUAAAAUUCAAUACUUUAAAAAAAAAAGAUUAAAAAAUCAUUAAUUUCUUAUUUAGUGCUCUAAUCCAACGUGUUCUCCAUCCAGCCAUGCUCGCUAUUGUGUUGGUAGCCCUUGCCCUGACCAGCGUCACCGAGGCCAUCGUCUGCCUCCCAAACGCCUGCGACACAGUCAGAUGUGCGGCCGUCACGUCAGAAAACUGCAAUGGCAAAAUAGUUUCCAGAGGAGGCUUCUGUGGGUGCUGUGACUCCUGCGUCACGGAACUUGGUAAGCAGAACAUUGCUAAGAACUACCCCGUCUCUUUGUCUGUCAGAACAUUAUAUUAUAAGAUAUUCAAAAUACAAAAUCGGUGUAAUAAAAUCAGUGGCGUUUCAAGGGUGAGUGCUGCAAGUUGCUGGCAAUAUAUUUGCGGUCCCUAUUUCACGAAACAAAAAUCUGCAUUUGGCCAAAAAUGUCGCACCCUCCAUAAAAAAAGAAAAAGUGCUGCAUGGGUUGGACCGGCCCCUGCGCACACCCUAUUCCUACGCCACUGAGUAUAUUUCAUGUUAAACUGAUAAUAAACUCAUACACCUAAUAUGGCACUUUGAUAUGCAGGCUAUACAAUGUAACUUACCGGAGAUUCUGCAGUUAGCAUAGUAUGAGAAGCUGGUGGUUGUUACUUUACACUUAAUCUAAUUUUAACCAAUAUAUUAAAACCAUAUUAUUUCAUGUAAAUAAAAAACGGUUUUGUUUUAGUUUCGAUGUAAUGAUAUGCUGAAGGGGUAGGAAUUUUUAAAAUCCUGGUAAGUCAGACGUCUAAAGGAGAUCACUCAUUAUCAUUUUAUAAAUUUCUUUAAUUGAUUGUAUAUCAGAGGUUCAUUUGCUGUCAAUGGCCGAACUAUUUAUGUAUAUUUUACCUUGAUGCAAACGGGUCGGAUUUGAAAUCGGAAGAACCCCUAGACUAUUGAUACAUUUAAAUUUGUUGAUGGAAUCUAUUUAAACGGAGAACACGAUCCUUAUAAAUUGUAUAAAAUAACUGCGAUAAAAUAAAGUAAUAAAUCACGAAAUUUUUUGUAGCGCAAGAUAGUGGGCCAACAAGGCGAACGUGACUUAAAACAGAUAAGAAUUACAGUUGCUCUAACCUGUGAGCACUACUAACCUCAGAAUCAGAGCCGUCGCGUGGGCCAUGCAAACCCUGCUGCUGCGAUGGGCCUGGGUAAAUAAAAGGGGAUCAAAGUUGUGAUGUGGAAUAAAUGUAAACUCUCAACUUUGAAUGCAGGUUGGGGGGGGGGGGGGGGNAGAGUGACAGGAGAGCCUUAAAAAAACACGUGACGGCUUUGCACAACAUGUCGGGAGUGUCCCUCUAUGAAACUAGCCGGGUGCAGUGCUGCCAUGCGCAAAAUGUAUGUCGUAAUAAAAAAUAAGCUCGUUGUUAUAAAUUGUAUUUUUUGUCUGAUCAUUCCGAAAUGCCCCAAAGAUUUUCAUAUUUACCCCAUUUGGAUCAUUAAAUCGCUGACACAUUUUUAGAGUGUUUAACAUUUGUAUGCUUAUGCUCUAAUUUAUGAAAUUAUUUUAAUAUGCACCAAUAACACGCCGAAAAAUUUUAAAAAUAAAACUCCGAAAAUUUAUUUAGAAACUUACAAAAGAAACUUCCGUAUCAGAAUUCUAAAUUUGUUACCCGGCAAUAUCAUUAUAAAAAAACGUGGUCAUAUCGUGAAAAAAUAAUGCUCGGAAAAGAAUAUUUUAUUUUUUUUAAUCUCAAAUUUUGAUGUGGUUUAACACUACUUGUAUUUUACUUAUGUGUGUGUAAUUGAUUUUGUGUAUUCUUUAUGUUUGGUUGUUCGUCCUUUGCAUGCGAAGUUGCUGAAGUCUAUGUUCAAUGGUUACUUUCUUUUCUUUUUAGUGCCUUGAAAAUUUUCCCGCACCUAGGACACACACAAUUCUUAAUAUACAAAGUGCAUCAGUCCCGGUCACUAGAAACCGGAUAAUCGAGUUUCCAGUUGAAUUUAUUUAGUCAGAUAUUCUAAAAGUUAAAUUAGAGCCCUUCCUCAAACAUGAAAUACAUUUUAGGUUAAACAUUUUGUUUCCACAGGCGCCAAUGAGAGCUGUAUGACAACCUUAUUACUGGGUGUGCCGGCUACCACAUCGUGCCAGGAUGGCUACUUCUGUGAGAGGAGCUCCAUGACGUGCCAACCUAUAAUCUUUUAGCCGGCUUUUGUUUUAAUUUAUUUUUUCAUCUUGGAAGAAAAAAAAUAAUUAAUUGUUUUUAACAUGAAA